AUUUUGCUUACAAGCACUAGUAGGGUUUUCAGCAGCCGCUUCUUCUUUCUUCUUCAUCUUCUUCAAAGUCUAGACCGGAACCGGUUCACUCAAUCUUGCAAACAUGGGAAAGACUCAUGGUAUGGGAGCCGGACGCAAGCUGAAGUCCCACCGCAGGAGGCAAAGAUGGGCUGACAAGUCAUACAAGAAGUCACAUCUCGGUAACGAGUGGAAGAAACCUUUUGCUGGUUCAUCUCAUGCUAAGGGCAUUGUUCUUGAGAAAAUUGGUAUUGAAGCCAAGCAGCCUAACUCUGCUAUCAGAAAGUGUGCCAGAGUUCAGUUAAUCAAAAAUGGAAAAAAGAUUGCAGCUUUCGUUCCCAACGAUGGUUGCUUGAACUACAUUGAAGAAAACGAUGAAGUUCUGAUUGCUGGAUUUGGAAGAAAAGGCCAUGCUGUCGGAGAUAUUCCCGGGGUUAGGUUUAAGGUCGUGAAAGUUUCCGGUGUUUCUCUGUUGGCUCUCUUCAAGGAGAAGAAGGAGAAACCAAGAUCUUAAAUUGUCAGAAGGUCUACUCACCUGUUGUCCUGGUUUUGAAAUUUUCGUCUAAGAGUUUAAAUGUUGGUUUAUGUUUAGAUUUGUGUUCGUGGAGAAUAGACAAUUGGUUCUUCGUUUGUACUGUGAUUUUGGUGAACACAAUUUAUUUAGAUAACUAUGCCUGCCUUGUUCUUA